UUUGUAUGCAAAGUAAGACUAAAUAACUAACGCUAUCUUGUUUUAGCAAAAGCGUGAAGACACCAGGUUAGAGAUAGCCAGCGCACUCCCGGUUCCCUCCUUGGCUCCGACACCUGAUGGAUUUCCAAAUGAACUCUUUGGAAGCGUGAUAAAGGUGACACUUUUCCUGGAUACCUUUUCGAAUUUGAUUUCAUCACGUGACUGCAUCAAAAUCACUCCAGCUGAAUUGAUACGGUGUCUUAUGAUCGGCGAAGCAGGCUACCCUCGGAUAGCGGACAUCAUCUGUGCCCUGUUACACUUGAUUCUGAACGAUGAUAUAGCCCAGAACUACAAGGAAUUGGGCGUGAAACUGUGCGAUAUCCAGAUCAAUCAAUACACGGCCGCGGAGUUGCUGCGACUGUGCCUACGGCGACAUGAUUCUGACGACGAUGACGACGUCGAUGGCAGUACGAGCGACAUGAGUUCCGUUUGUUCGUAUACGUUUGACUCUUUUACCGUACUGCCGUUUAUCCUUCGCGCUGCAGUUUGUUCAGUUUCUUCGUACUUUCAGGAAAAAUUAGUAGAGGAGUUAACCGAACGUCUAAAACCGGAAUGCCUGCCAUCGCAGUCCCGUCAGUUGCAGCUCACUCUUGAUGAUAUGCGGCUUCCACAAAUAUCGCCAGACAUGGUUAGCGCAGUCAAGCGUCGUCAGCUCGCAGUAUCUGAAGAAAAGGCGAAGCGUGAAGCGAUGGAAAAAAAGAAAGAACAGAAUAGACGAAUCGAGGCAAUAAAAAGCCGACUGGAAGUUGUCAGUCAAGAACUAGAGAAAGCGUCAGAAAUUCUCAAUUCGUCUCUUCGAGCUAAGCCACUUGGCUUUGACAGGAACCACAGUCGUUAUUGGUAUUUUGGCGCCUCCUACCAUUGCAUAUAUGUUGAAAAGGGAUGGUCUUCGAUGUACGCGGACGUAACCGAUUUCCGCACAGAAUCAGGGUCAAAAUCACCCUCUCAAAUCGAAUGCGAUGACUACGAAACCGUUAAAGAGGAAGAUGCAGACAUGAUACCAGCGGAAUCGGACCUCUUUACUUCGUUGAAGAGAGAUCUGAUUGAUUUUGAGAACAGACUUCGUUCCGGAGGCUUGGGGGAAGUCGAUGAAUUACCGAAGUGGAUUGCUUCUGUCGAAAGUGCUGGAACUAUCUCUCUCUUGGCGCAAUGUUUGAUUGUCAUUUCCAAGUCGGUUCGAUUAACGAUGCUGACAGGCUUACUGGAUCCAACACGUGGUAAGGGUGCCAAAACUUUGGAAUCAGAUGCUCAGUCGUUCAGUAAGACAAAUCCAGGCAUGGAGAAGUGGACAGCGGCUGUGGAAACCUGUUCAACCAUUGGACGGCUCUACGUUCUUUAUUACAUCUUGCAGAACAGCGUUCGGUGGGAAAAGUCUAACGAAAAAGCGAGAUGCAAGAUUUGCCGAAAAACUGACAAAGACAACCCGUACCUAUUUUGCGACUUGUGUAAUAGCAUGUAUCAUAUGUCAUGUCUACGAUAUCCUCUGGAGUCAAGUUAUGCCGAGGCUUGGCUUUGUCCCGGUUGUAAACCACGUGAGCGCAGAAGACGUCAGUCAGAAAAUGUCGCACAGGAUGAAUUGGAAGAGGAUGGUAGUUUGUCAGACUCGGAACCUCGCUGCAAGUUGUGUCGUUCUGGCAGCAGCGAAGGUCAACUGGUGUUCUGCUCUGCCUGUUCUGAUGCGUAUCAUCAGGAAUGUCACGUUCCACCUCUUCGUUUUCUUCCCCGAAGCAACUGGCGAUGUAGUCGCUGUUUCAGCGCAGGAGUUGAGGAGCCAACUUCCCGUAGACUGCGACAAAAGCCCCUGUCCAGCGACACGUCCAAAAAGUUGCUUUUUCACCGGGAAACGCUGUGCAGCGAAUUGUCAGACAACGAAAUAUCGUCUGAUUCGGUCACCGAAUCAGACCCCGAAGAGUUCGGCAAAAGGAGCACUAGACUUAGGGAGCCAAAUAGGUCCGUCAACAAGUGUGACAAAUAA